AUGGAGGCUAUUCUUAGCUUAAAGAAAUUGCAAAGCGUGCUACAAGAGGUAAAACCAGAGGACUCAGCCGCAGAUAAAGUGAAAGCCGAAUGGGAGUCAAGAAAUCAGCAAGCAGUCGCGUACAUUCGGUUACAUCUGUCUGACGAGCAAGCCCUACAAUAUGCAACGGAGAUAGACGCACGUAAGUUAUGGGAAAAAAUAAAAAAGGAUUACGCAGGAGCGGCAGAGGAUCAAAAAAUUGAUGCCGGAAACGAUUUAAAGUAUCUAUGCAUGGGAGAUAAAGAAACCGUGGGUGACUAUAUCGCUCGAGCACGUGGCAUCGCAACAAAAUGUGCCUCUCUCGAACUGCAAGUAACACCACGGGAGCUCGCUUACUACACGGUUAGAGGCAUUAAUAAUCAAUAUAAAGAUAUACGUGAAAUUCUGAAAACGCAACGAGACAAAUCCACAGAAGAAAUUCAGGAAAUAUUGAAGGAGAAAGAGAAAGAAGUUUCUCGAAGAGACGGUUACAACAAGGACACAGGAGGGGUUGCCUAUACAGUACGCAAGGAACAGUUGAAUUCGAAACGAUGUUUUGAAUGCGGACGGAUCGGACAUCUAGCCAGAAUAUGA